AUGGACGCAGAACUGAAAGAGACCGUGAUCAAGAACUUCCCAGAGGAUCGCGCUGCAUUCGUCAAAGAGCUCGUAACACUAGCCACCGGCGACACCGGGGGCCGAGGCGCUGCGAAAACAAAAAUAGACCUGAGACGCAUUAGCCAUACUCUAUCCAUGUGGACCUUGAUCGCGGAUCCCUCCAACGACGCAUUGAAAUGCUUCCCACAAAAGUGCGAGAACAUCUCAACCCUUCUCCUAGAGGUAGCUGAUAGGUUGGCUUCCGAGGUAGUUCUCCCCUACCUGAUGAAGAUGUUCAACAUGCUUGCUAUGCAUAUAGGUCGUCUUACCUUGCGCUUCUCCGAUGAGGAAGAGGAGGAAGUCGAGAAUGAUGCCAGGCGUACAGAGUUACAGCAGCUUUCUUGGAAGAUAAAGGAUCCCGCCUCUGAUAAUCGUCACGAGGUUAUCAUGCGUGCGCUCUGGGUCCGGCUUUUUACCACUCACGAUGACUGUAUUUGUCGCCAGUGCUUGGGUGCGUAUGUGCCGGACCUCGCUCUGUAG